AGAAAACAUGCCCCCCUGGCGGGCCGCUGCUCGAGAGCGCCCUUGGGGCGCGCGACCGCGCCGCGGCGCCAUGGCCGCGACGGAGCCGCCGGCGCUGGAGCUGCCGUCGGGCAGAUUCCUCUUCACGUCGGACCCGAGUCUGUGACGGAGGGGCAUCCCGACAAGCUCUGCGACAGGGUCGCCGACGCGGUCCUAGACGCCUGCCUCGCCCAGGAGACCCGGAGUCCCGGGUGGCAUGCGAGGCCUGCACCAAGUCGAACAUGGUGAUGCUCCUUGGGGAGGUGGUCACCAAGGCCGCCGUGGACUACGAGCAGCUCGUGCGAGAGGCCACGCGGGCGGUGGGCUACGACAGCGAUGAGAAGGGCAUGGAUUCGCGCACCAUGAACGUCAUAGUUGCCUUAGAGGAGCCAGAGUCCGGACCUCGCUCAGGGCGUGGGCUUGGCGAAGGCUCUUGAAGACAGCGGCACGUGGGACCACGGCGUGGUCUUCGGCUACUCGACGAACGAGAGCAAGGAGCACAUGCCCAUGUCGCACGUCCUGGCCAACGGCCUGUGCGCAAGGCUCGACGAGGCCCGUCGGAGCGGCGAGCUGGCGUGGGCGUGGCCCGGCGGCCGCGUGCAGGUCACCCUCGAGUACAGGGAGGAGUCCGACGGUUCUGUAGUCCCCGCUCGGAUUCACAGCGUCGUGGUGUCCGCCCAGUGCUCUUCCGACGUCAAGGCGGACAAGGUGGAGGGCGACCUGAUGGAGCAGGUGGUCCGACCGACGCUGCCCGAGGGUCUCUGCGACGCCAAGACGCAGUACUCCUUCCCGGACUACGCGCGGGUCGACGCUGGCCUGAGCGGCCGGAGAGCCGUGGCCGACACGUACGGCGGGUGGGGCUCCCACGGCGGCGCGGGCCUGUCGGGCCGCGACGCCUCCAGGGUCAGCCGCUGCGGCGCCUACGCCGCCAGGUGCUGUCGGCGCCCACAGGGACAGGGCUCAUCUGCACGGUUUCCCCCGGGGCCAUAGGCGAUCCGAGG